UACAGCUGAAAGCCUUUUGGAGGAAACCGGCAGGCAAAAUGGCAACAUUCAAGCAACAAUUUCUGGUGCUGGUGCUGGAAUUUACACGGAUAUCAUAUUGUGCUGAUGACAAUUGCAAUGUGAAGGUAACUCAACUGCUGCUCAUGGAAGCUUACACCUCGUCAUCCAAUGUCACUAUACCAUGCAGUUUCACAGCCCACGGGUGUGACCCGUCCAAUUGUGAGAUGCUAUGGUGGCGGUAUCUUGCACACACCCACGAAAAAGUGUGCACUCCUAGCUGCACAAACACAGAUAAGUUUGUAGUGCUUCAGGAACCAUCCAAACUGCAUUCGCUUCAGAUCAACCAACUCAGCGUGGAAGACAGUGCCAUUUAUUUUUGUGGGGUGGCAUUUACACGUUCAAGAGGACCCACCUCCAAGCAAACUGGGAAUGGAACUGUAUUAGUGAUAAGAGAUAGUAAGAAAUAUAGUCAAGGAGUUUACAUCAUGGUGGCCAUCAUAUCAGCGCUGGUCUUAUACCUCAUUGCCCUAUUGACAAUUUCAAAGCUCUUCUCCAAGCCAAAAUUAAAGAAAGCAGGGACAGGAGAUUUGAACGGCAAUCGCAACAUUGGCGGUAAAGAAAACAGGGAAGUGGUUUGCCGAGCAAUUGCAAAGGAGUUCUACAAAAAGAAGAAGAGGAGAAAACGAAGGCCUGUGCCUGGGCAUUUGGAGAACAGGCCCAAAACUGAUAAACCAUCAUAGUCAUCGCACUUUAUCUCAGGGAUUUGGCAUAA